AUGUCACAUUUAGUUAAGUAAUUAUAUUUUAAUUGUAAAUCGGUUUAUGGGGAUGGUAUUUAUUUUGCUGAAAAUGCAGCUUAUUCAAGAAACUAUUCUUAUUAAAUAACUUAAUAAGAUGAUCCAAAUCAUGUAAGAAUGAAAGUAAUGUUAUGUUGUUUGAUACAACUGGUAGAGUAGAACAGAAAGAAUAAAAUAUUAAUAUAAGAAGGCCAAGUUAAGGAUAUGAUUCUGUUAUAAGAUAGAUGUUAGGAGAGUUUAUCCUGUUUAUGA